AGGAAUUAAAACAUUGGUGUUUAUAUUACAUUGUACUUCGUAAAACAAUUUGGUCUGUGUUAAACAAAACACAUUGAACAGUUAGUGCUGGAAAUUCCUUAUGUUUAAGGUUGAAUAGGAGCAUUGUGCAAGCCACCUAUGCAUUUCCGGAAAAGGGCUGCCUUUUUUCCAGUAUCAAAGAGUUUGAUUUGCUACGCGUAUCUAGCUUAGCAUACUAGCCAGUAAAGCUGAAUCCUGUUUGUAAUUCCAGCUACCGAUAGCUAUACAUUGAUGCUAAUCAUUUUCGAUAUUUCACAUUAAAACAAACUCCACAUGCACGUAUCGUCAUGGGCUGUCUAUUCCACUCAGUUCGAAAAGUCAGCUGCACCAAAAAGUAUUUGCAAUGCUAUCUAAUUGUUUCAUUUCUGACUGCCAGUUAGCCAGCAAACCGUUUAGUUAGCAAGAAGCUAUCUGUGUACGUUUGAUGGCGGCGCUAUUUUCAGGCCGCGCUCAAACAUAUUUUUUUUCUAAACACAAAAUAUCAGAUUUUAAAGAGACAGUCACAUUGUUCAUGAUUGCAACUGACCCCAAUAAUCCACAGUGCAAAUUUUAUGUACAGUCCAAAUUUUUAUUGAUACUCUCGCGAUACAUUAUCAUGCUCGAGCUGUUUGUGAGAUUGCGUGAGAAGUCCGACAGGUACCGAAGUCACUAACUCACUGUACACAAGUCGUAGCCCUCUACUGUGCCCAUUUGCUAGCUAUUAUACUGUACUUUUGUUUAGGGCUUUUUAAUUUUGUACUUCGUAGACGAGGAGUUGUAGUUGGCAAUGCAUGUGUCUGACAAUCUUUUUUUUGUCAUAGACCCGCCCUUUUAUUACGGAUUAAAGGUCACGCAAUUUACACACAUCUGCGGUGACUGGCAUUCACGGGGUGGUAGCUAGCCAUCCACAACUCAUCUAUUGGAGUUGCAGUUCCCAUUUCCUUUGUGAACUGUCUUAUUUGAAUGCCUUUACAUGCGUUUAGGGCAAAACAGCUCCCUCGGAUGUAAUAAUUUCCUGAAUCUCUGCAGCAGAGAUCAACAGGACAGUAUGGCCACCACUGUUGCUGUCAGUCCCAGCGAGUAUCUCCAGCCCUCUGCCACUUCCUCUCAAGACUCCCAGCCCUCCCCACUGGCCCUCCUGGCCGCCACCUGUAGUAAGAUCGGCCCCCCUGCUGCUCAGGCCCCUGUCAGUGCCCCUCCUACCCAACCCCAACCUCGCCGUCUCCUCCCCAUCAAGCCCGCCCCCAUCGCCCCCGCCCCUCCCAAAAACCUGGGCUUCCUGUCCGCUAAAGGAAAUGUGAUCCAGCUGCCAGCUGGCCUGGGCUCCAACAACCCCGGCAGCCCCAUCGUCCUCACCAUCCAGCAGAGCCCUGGCCGCUCGAAUCAAACAUCCAACAUCCAAUACCAGGUGAUGCCGCAGCUGGGAGGCACACAGACCAUCCAGAUGAUGCAGCAGGGCGGACAGAUCCAGCUCAUCCCGGGUACCAACCACGCCAUCAUCACCACGCCCAUGACGGUCCCCCAGCCGCAGCCCGCUACAGCGCCCAUCACCCCGCAGAAGACUGUGGCCAUCAAGCCGUCCCCCAGGGGGCGGAAACCCAAUGCAGCCAACGUGGUGCGGCUGCCCAGCGGGCUCACGCUGCCCCUCAACGUAGCCACCGGAGAUGAGCCAGCGGCAGCUCCUCCCCCGCCAACAAAGGGCAGACGAGGAAGGAAGAAGCUGGUGGCAGCAGCCCCUCCACCACAGACCACCUCUCCGCCCCCCGAGCAGAUGGAGACUAUAUUGUUAGAAGCCGGGGAGAAUAUUAUUCAGGCGGGGAACCAGCUUCUGAUUGUGCAGAACACCGGGUCGGGCCAGCAGCAGCUGGUGCAGUUGGUGCAGCAGAAACAGGAGCAGCAGGUGGUCCAGAUCCCCCAGCAAGCCCUGAAGGUGGUGCAGGCUGCCUCCGCCACCCUGCCUCAGGUCCCCCAGAGACAGCCUGCACCCAGCCUGCAGCCAGAGCCUACUCAGCUGCUGAUCAAAACGGCAUCAGGCGAAUGGCAGACUGUGCAGCUCCAGGAAACCACAGUUUCCACGGCAACAACACCCUCCAGCAUGGUCACCACCACCCUGUCGUCCGUGGGGGCCACCAAGCGAACACUGGCGGGGGGUAGGAAGGAGAGGACCCUACCAAAAAUAGCUCCGGCGGGGGGGAUGAUAGCAUUGAACGCGGCCCAGCUCUCUUCGGCGGGCCAGGCCGUGCAGACUAUAAACAUCAACGGGGUCCAGGUGCAAGGAGUGCCCGUCACCAUCACCAAUGCAGGAGGGCAGCAGCACCUGACAGUGCAGACGGUGCAGGGCGGGGCCCUCCAGCUGGGCGGCGUGACCUCCCAGGGCCACCAGGUGCAGAUGGAGCAGACUCUGGCUCUGGAGCUGCAGGGCCAGCCUGGGGAGAAGAAACGCCGCAUGGCCUGCACCUGCCCCAACUGUAAGGACUCCGAGAAGAGGCCCGGCGAGGUGGGGAAGAGGAAGCACAUAUGUCACAUCCCGGGCUGCGAGAAGACGUUCCGGAAAACAUCCCUCCUCCGGGCACACGUGCGCCUGCACACCGGCGAGCGGCCCUUCGUCUGCAACUGGGUCUUCUGUGGCAAACGCUUCACACGCAGUGACGAGCUGCAGCGACACGCCAGGACACACACAGGAGACAAGCGCUUCGAGUGCAACCAGUGUCAGAAACGGUUCAUGAGGAGCGACCAUCUCACGAAGCAUUACAAAACACACAUAAACACCAAGAACUUGUGAGCUGAGCUGUGCUGUAUACCGACUGUAUACACAGACAUGCCCUGAUGAACUAAACCCCAUAGAGGGCCGCAGGAGAGGAUACCAAGAUGGGUGAACCCCAAAAAGCCCCCAUACGCCCCAUUCUCCUUACUCCCCCACAGAGGCUUCGUAGCCUGGUGUACAUACCAAUCCUCCCCCUCACGGACUCAACUGUUCCAGUCAAGUUAUUAAUGACAAAAAUAUAUAUAUAAUUAUGGGCAGCAUGCUUACCUAUGUAGGCAGAAGGCGUAUAACAGCGAAAGGUUAUCUCCCAGAAAGACAGACAAGCGUGGCUGCUGUGUUCUGAUGACCUCACGCUCUGAGCGCCAUAUCCAAAUCCAGUCACCAGGCCUGAGGGAGGAAUGAGAGCGAAACAGAUAGAUUUAGUCUACCCGAGCCCAAAAGGAGACUCCAGACACUCUUGCCCCUUCUUGUUUUUCCAUGUUUUAUUCUUUUCAAUAUUAAUAAUAACAAAUAUUAUUGUUGUUGAAGCUCCAGAAUAAGGUUUUUUCAAAGUUGAUCCUCAAGCCCCAUGAGUAUCCAGGGUACUUUUUUCAGUCAAACAAAUCCUAUUCAGUAAAUUGCACUACAUGCAUAUCCUUUUACAUAGUUUGAACGGUAUUUGUAAUUCUAUUCUUGUUCAAUAUCAAAGUAAUAUUAUUGAUUUUCCAACAUAAAUGAAUUGUUUGGAAAGAAAACAUGCAUACCUAUGAGGCCUUGGUGACCACUUUGAAACCUUACACAGUUCCAGACUUGGAAAACCUAAGUUGGCAAAAUAAUUUGUGCAUAUGCGUACAAACAUACAUCCACACAUACAUGGGUAAGUAUAGAUAUUUAUGAUGUUCAGACAUAAUACCCUUUUCGGGAGGUUUUUUGUAAAUCGAAAAUGUAAUUUAGGUUUUGGCAUUUUUUUGUUUGAGUGAAGAGUUACAAAUUAUUUUGAAUACAGACUCCCUCCUAAUGAGUUUAAAUGUAGUGCUUUGCUAUGUGUAUAUCAUUAUGAUAUUAACUAAAUAUGUCCCAAAUAUUGGUCUGGCAUGACAAUCAUGUCAUAAGAUGAAGAGAGAAAAAAAUCGACAUUAAAAUGCUUUCUCGGGCUUGUCACGAGUUAUUAGAUUACAUUAGAAGUCAUAACUUGUCUAUUAUGAUCUACAUUAAGAUCCGUUUGAGGCAAAUAUGUUUGAUAAAACAUUUCCGAUUCGUAUGACAUAAAAGUUGACAAGCUAUCUACGUAUUAUUUAUCUAAGGUUUCUGGUGUUUCAAUUCCUUUAACCCUCAAGGGAGAACACCAGCGCUAUACCUUUACUCGUAGUAUUACAAUAAGUUCUGUUCAAUGAAUACAUAUUGACUGUUUAUGUAGCUAACUGCACAACAGUCUACAUUUAUUUUUCUUCAAAUAUUUAAUUAACUAAUCAGAAAGAUUUAUAAAUGUCCCCCAACAAAAAAAUAUGAUCCUCGUGCAUUUUAAAAUGAGAUCAACGUUUCAUUGAAUAGCCAAUAUGAAAAUAAUGUCCAGUAUGUCUGGAUGCCUAAACUGGGCCUUGGGGACGGAAAGAAAGUCCUUCUCAUAUUUAUGUUUGUAUUGUAUGUCCUGAAUGUGUAUAUACAAUGUGUCUGGGAGACACAGUAAAAUGUAGGAUAGAAAGUUGCACUGCCUUGUAUUUUGGCCAGCCUGGUCAGAGCUGAAGGAAGUGGACUCUGUAUAGUGUGAAAGGAAAAUGAGUAAUGUGACAUUGUAUAGCUUCAUUCCUGCUUUGUACACCAUUACUUCUAGAUGAUCCCUUUUCUAUCGAAUUUAAAGUUGCCUUAGACAGUUGCACCCAGUAUUUAAAGAGAUUUCUGUCUAAUUUCCAGGGAAUGGCAUUUGUAGAGUUCCUUUUAUUUUUGUCUAACUUAUGUUACAUAAUGCCAAUGUUUGUGCACUGACUUGAGCCCAGGUUGAAAAUAUGUGAUUUUUAUUUGAUUUUUAAGUAAUGAUCAGUGGAUGAGUUAUUUUACCUAAACUGAAAAGGUCCUAAUGUUGGUCUCAGUGAACCAGGUGCUUUUCCCUCUCUAAACCUAAUCUACCACAGUAAUAGAUACAUACCCUGUGUAUGUCUGAAAUGGCACCCUAAUCCCUAUAUUGUGCACUACUUUCAACCACAGCUCUAUGGUCUCUGGUCAGAAGUAGUGCACUAUAUAGGGAAUAGGGUGACAUUUCAGACUUCCUUUGUUUAACAGAAGUUCUCAGAUAUCCAGCUAUUGCCCAUCUUUUAUAACUUGUAUUAAGGCGCUUACUACAGGUGCUUGCUCCUUUUUUACAGUCACCCACCCCUUCAAUAAAGCAUUCAAACUGUA